GAUGGUUAUUGACGCCGUUUCAACAGCAGUAGAACCGACUGGUGCGCUCUAGCUGCCUGGCACCGAAAAUAAGAAACAUUCAAAAAUCAAGAAAAAUAAAAGGCCUGAUGGAAAUUGGAUUCUGAAUCACCAUUGCCUGUUUUUGGAAGAAAAUCUGGAUUAUAGAAAAAAACUAAUAGAGAGACAGAAGAUAUUGACAGAAUAAAUAAAAAUAUAUAGGACUGAGAAAUUGGGAUUUAGGCGUUACAGAAAGUGGUCCUAUAUUAAAAUAUGGUAUUUUCUUCGGGAGACUAGUGUAGCUUGCUGGUAGGCUAUGACAACAAAAUAAUUAAUUUAGGUUUACAAUGUGUCAGUUCACAUACACAAUUCUUAGUGGUAAGUCAGCGUAUUACAUCACAUUUACCCCUAACUUCAUCUAGCUUGAUAAAAGACAAUUCCGUCUGAAAUCUGACUCAGCGGUAUUGUAGCCUAGACCUAAAGAACAAUUCGGUCACAUCAUGGUUCUUGCAAUGCGGCAUGGCGCCCAUCUAAUAUGGGUAGGCCUUCUCUUGUGCUGUAUGGUCGACAUGGGGGCUACUAUGGAGUUUACAGGCGCAGAGGGCCAGUGGGCCAGGUUUCCAAUGUGGAAUGCAUGUUGUGAGAGUGAAAUGAGCUUCAACAUGAAAACUAAGAGUUCCCACGGGCUGUUAGUGUACUUCGAUGACGAGGGAUUCUGCGACUUUUUAGAACUCCUAAUACACAACGGUAAACUCAGUCUUCGAUUCUCCAUCUUCUGCGCUGAGCCUGCAACGGUUCUAACCAACACAGCGGUCAAUGACAGCCAGUGGCAUGCUGUGACAAUAUGGAGAAACUUUAAAAACACAACGCUAAUGGUGGACAAUGAAGUGAAGUGGGUCGAAGUGAAGUCGAAAAGAAGGGAUAUGACUGUCUUCAGCCACUUGUUUCUUGGGGGAAUACCACCGGAAUUACGAUCUGUGGCUUUAAGGUUAACAUCAGCUGUGGUCAAGGACCAUGUACCUUUUACCGGAUGGAUAACGGACAUAAAGGUCAACAAUACGGAAUCGGCGCUUUUAAACAGCGCGGGGGUCAUUAACGACCUCUGUGGUGCAGCAGCCAACAUGUGUUUAAAUGGAGGGGUCUGCAAUGUCAUUAACGAUGAACCCACGUGCGACUGCUCGCAGACCGACUACCAGGGCAAAGACUGCAGCGAAGGUCUGGCGCACUUGAUGAUGGGCGACCAAGUGUCUGACCAACCAGAGUGUCGUGGGCAGCGGGCAAUGGGCUGGGCACCCCAUGGGCUGGGCAGCAUCUUAUCCUGGCUGGCUGUGCUGCUGUGCCGCUCUCCUCAGAGGGGCGAAGGGAAGGAGAAGGUUGGCUUCGAAGGUCCCUACUGA